UAUAUACUCGUAAAAAAUGUCAGCAAAAGGAAAAACCGGUCGCAAAAAGGCUGUUAAGGGAACCUCUAACUCUGCCAAGGCAGGACUUCAAUUCCCAGUGGGAAGAAUUGGAAGAUACUUAAAAAAAGGAAAGUAUGCCAAGAGAGUAGGAGCAGGAGCACCUGUGUACCUGGCCGCCGUGCUGGAGUACUUGUGUGCAGAAAUUUUAGAGUUGGCUGGAAAUGCUGCAAGAGAUAAUAAGAAGUCCAGAAUUACCCCAAGGCACAUACAGCUAGCUGUGAGAAAUGAUGAAGAAUUGAACAAAUUCUUGGCAGGAGUUACAUUCGCAUCCGGAGGAGUUUUGCCAAACAUCCAUAAUGUGUUACUACCAAAGAAGUCGCAACUUAAAUCGGGGGCCACUGCUAACCAGGACUAUUAAGAAUGUCUCCUUUUUUUUUCUGAGUUUUUCCUUUUUUUUUUUUUCGUAGCACGUACUGUGUGUAUUUAUAAGUGUGUAAAUGCUUAUGAGCACACACAGUGCGGUGUGUGUACAGUACCGUAUGGUGUAAAGAAGAAUCGCCAGCCUAGAAUAUCCUUUCCCUGCUGAUAUAUACAUUUUAGGGUAUGCCGUUUUGCCUUGUGUGGUUUGCACUUCCCACGUGUGGUGCAUUCCCUGUUAGGCGUUUUUACUGAGAGGGAGGGCGUUUUCUUCCCUUCGCAUGUGCAACUGUGGGUAUGUUCUCAUGAGUAUAUAUGCACUUUGCAUACAUGUAAAUGGUUGAUUUGUCUCUCCCUCUCUAUGCUCACACCUGACAGGCGAGAGCCACCUCCUGCGUGGCUCACCGCACAGGCGGACGCCGUUUAUGAGAAGCCAUUCGCGCUUGCCACUACAGCUUCUCUGCUUAAUGUGCGCAUGGUGCCGGCGGACACAUAAAAGAUGUUAAAAAAAAAAAAAAAAUUAUAAACGAGUACAGCGUUAUAUGUGCUGCACAGCAUACUCCUCAGUGUGUUUGUGUAGUGCCUAUAUGCACGUGUAUACAUAAAUAUACAUAUAUGU